AUGUGGCAGACCCUCCUCGAGCACAACCUUAUCUGUCACGUGACGGGCGAACUUCAAUUUGUUGACAAGUUGGUUUGUUAUCGUUGGGUAGACUCCGAUAUGGGCGACCAGUCGUGGCGUGAAAUGACCAAUGGUAUUCCAGGAAGAUUCCAACGUAAUGAACCUCGACUGAAAACGGAGGUACCUACUCGAGAAGACCUUGCCAAUGCAGUAUUUUUUCUGAGCACCGUCGGUCCAGACGCACUCUUCCGAAUGAUCCUGAAGAAGCUUCCCCACGAUCGGACACCUGAAGAGCUCGAACUCGUCUAUGAGGAACUGCUGCACGUGAAAGCUCUCUCACAUCUCAGCACCAUGGUGAAGAGGGAACUCGCUACCGUAAUCGGUUACGAACACCAUACUCAUGCAGGUGACUUCCUAGGUACGGUAUUGUUUCACCAAGGCGAGCCUGGCAAGAAUUGGUACAUCAUCUUGCGUGGAAGUGUUGAUGUCAGCAUUCAUGGGAAAGGUGUAGUAUGCACCCUUCAAGAAGGCGACGAUUUCGGCAAAUUGGCAUUGGUGAAUGAUAGUCCUCGAGCGGCCACGAUCACGCUUAGGGACGAUCAAGCGCAGUUUCUCACAGUGGACAAGCACGAUUUCAACAGGAUUCUUCGAGAUGUUGAGGCGAACACAGUCCGAUUGAAAGAACAUGGACAAGACGUGCUCGUCCUGGAGAAGAUCAGUUUACCACGAGGAGCUGCCAUCGAAGGUGGUCUGUCCAGGGCAAUAACAAAAGGCACAUGCUGGUAA